CUUGGAUCCCAGUUCCCGCCAAGACAAACCCGAUGCGUCUUCCGUACACCACGUGCUCCGCUGGCCACGCCCCCUUCAAGGCCAUUGCCUGCGUUCCACUGACCCGUCGCCUGCAUUAAACGUCAGGAGUGGCACAGCCAAUCAGCUUGAGCGAGGCGGGGCCACCGCAGGUAGAAGGCGUGGUGGCGUCCCCCGUUGUUAUGGUGACCGGGGCCGGGUCCCGGUGUGUGGAGCCGCUAUGAGGGCCCCCCUGGGUACAGCAAUGGAGCUGGAUGAGACCAUAUGUAAGAGGCCGGUGUGUCAGCACCCGCAGUGCUGGGUGACCAUGCGGAGGAUAGAACAGGGACACCCCCGACUCCGCCCACCCACCGCCAGACGCCCCCCACAGGAUGAAGGCGGACUCCCCAUCCUGAGUGUGAGCACCCUGCCGGCCAGCGGAGUCCUGCACCGUGGGAGUGAUAGUCCGCACCUGAGUGAAGGAGCCUCCUCAACUACUGUGUGUACUAGUGCUGCCACCUGCAGUAUGGAGAAGUUCUUCUUUCCGGGUGUAAACUCCUACAGGGAGAUCCUUGCACCUUCAAGAAGCUCCGGAUCCUCCUUCUCCUCCUGGAAGCCUCGGAAGGUGGAGAUCCUGCGCCCUUCUUUUCAGGAUGCAAAAAGAGACGUGACCAUGGUAUGGGUGCCGAACGCCCAGCACAGGCCUCCGAGAAAGGAAGACGGAGAAAAACAUCUUAAAGUUUGGAUCAAAGAUCUUACACUGAGCGACCCCCUGGGAGGAAUGAGGAGGGAGAAGCCGAAUCCGGCUCUGACCAUAAAUCGUAAACAGACGAAGCUCCCGAGCGGUGGAUGUCCCCUUAAUCUUACACUGGUUGGAUCAUCAUCACAUACAAAGAAAUUCAUAGAGGCUAGAGAAGUGCAGGAACAGCCUGGGAAAGCAUUGAAGUGCCGGAGAAGACAACGCGACCCGUGGCCGGACAGCGACUCUGUAACGUCUCCAUCUCUCAGCGGGAUAAUGGUGGGAAACCGGCGGGUCAUCCUACAUGACACCAGAGAGAAGUGCCCCGCCGUGCCCCACACCGGCCCAGUGUACAGACUGGACAAUCAGCAGUCGGCGGCACCAAAUAACACAGCGAUCAACUUAGACAGUAUCAGGAGCCAGUAUUAUCUGUGGAAGAAAUACAUCUACCUUGCUGAUCCCAGUCAUCGAAUCAAACCACCAGAUCACAGAGCAAACAGAAUUCAGAGAUCCCACAAGUCAUCGGCUCCUGAUCAGCUCAGCCAUAUAGGACUGUUCCCCUGUGACCCCGAUUCUGCGCUCAGUUACUACAAAUCCCAGGCCUUGGAGACCCCCACAGGUUCUGUGGUUUGUGACACCACAAGGUCACGUGACUCUGAGGACAGAAAUUCUCCAUCCUUGGCCGGAUUAUCACAGAGGUCCUGGAGCGACGAAGAACCUUCCGGAACACCAACAGAGACAGGCGACCGAAUCCAGCAGGAAAUCCCAGGAGAGAUAAAUAAAGAGGCGAAGCCUGCAAAGCCUCCCGAAUUAGAUGUCCCUAGAGAUGAGGAAUCCAUGAGACCAAAUAUGUCAUGUGACCAAUCAGAAUCUGCAAUGGAGACUACAGAUACCCAAGAAAACCCCGGGGGAACAACCUCUUCUCCCCAACCAAACCCGCCUCCCCCCUCCCCAAUGAAUUAAAGUAAGGGAAUGCUGGGAGUUGUGGUUUUGCAAUAGCUGCAGAGCCCAAGAAGUGACUAAUCUGCAGUUUGUCAUGUUGGCCAGGAGGGGGCAGCACAGCGUGAGGAGAUUACACUACAGACUGUACAUUCAUAAGAGGCCAUCAGCAUUCUGCAGCCGAUUAUCCCAUAACAACUUUAACCAUUUCUCUGCUGGGUGAUAUUCAGUACAAGGGGUCACUGCGGCUCACAUAGCCGUAGUCACUCUGCUUCCCCAGCCCCCUGCAUAGCAGUGCUGCCUGUGUGCACAGUGAAAUAACAUCUGCUCUGGUAUAGACAGAUCUGCCUAUCAGGACUCUAGGAAAGCAGAGUGUGGGAGUUGCCAUAUUGUUUGCUUUAAUCCAGUGUUUUCCAACCAGGGUGCCUGCAACGAUUGCAAAACUACAACUCCCAGCAUGCCCGGACAGCCAUUGGCAUGCUGGAAAUUGUUGUUUUGCAACUGCUGGAGGCGCCUUAUAGGGAAACAAUUCUCUAAUCACAUAGAAGUUAAAUAAAUUAUAAUGGUCGCCCU